CGCGCUCCUCGUCAACCGGAGUCGAAAAAAUGGUGGCCAGCGACCGAGUGCAGAAGCUGCUCCGGCGAUACAAACUAGCGAUCGCCGCCGCGCUCACUAUCCUCCUGGUCCAGGGGCUGGUGGUAUGGAGUCUGAGGAGUCUGGAGGAGGGCGAGGCAGAGAGGAAAACGCGACGCUCUAAGCUGCCUGACCACAACAGCCAGGACCUCAAAAGAGACCCGUCAGUUUGGGAGAAACAAAACUCUUUGUCGGGGAAGAACAGGGGCAGAUGGAGCGGCAGGUCGGAGAGGACGGGGGGCACGGCAGCCAGUGCGCUGAGGAGAGGGACCAGUCGCAAAGGGGAAAGGCCAGGCAUCCGGCUGAAGUCUCCCCAGGAGCGGGGCAUGACGGGAGCAGGACUGGACGGCGUGGUCCUCCACGACCUGUCCAGCAGCCGUAACUUCAGCGAGACCCGAGGUGGAGCUGACGGGGCGGCCAAGUUACCGGCUGCCGCCAUGCAGGGGGAGCCAGGCAGCGUGGACGGGGCGCACCAGGCCCCCAGCAGUGACUUUGUGCCCAAAUGUGAUAUCGGAGGCAAGGACGCGCUGUCCGCCCUUCAUCGCGCCGGGUCACAGCAGUGCAGACAGGAGAUCGCCAACAUCGUGUGUCAGCAUCAGGCCGGGAAGCUCAUGCCAGACGCGCUUCCUCAGUUCUGCCCCCAGCUCGGUGUAUCAAGUCAGGUGCAGGCGUUUGGUGAGCUGGACAACAGCCUGUCCAAUGUGGAGAGCCGCGUCCGAGUGGCUUUCGUUCUGAUGGUCCACGGCCGCGCUAUACGACAGCUCAAGCGCCUCAUCAAAGCCAUUUAUCACCGUGACCACUACUACUACAUCCACGUGGACAAGCGGUCCGGGUACUUGCACCGGGAGGUCCUGCAGAUUGCCGAGCUGUACCCAAACAUACGAGCUACGCCCUGGCGGAUGGUCACCAUCUGGGGCGGUGCCAGCCUCCUGAAGGCUUAUCUCCGCAGCAUGCAGGACCUGCUCUCCAUGCUGGACUGGAAGUGGGAUUAUUUCAUCAAUCUCAGCGCCACAGAUUUCCCCACCAGGACCAACGAUGAACUGGUGACGUUUCUGUCGCAGCAAAGAGACAAGAACUUCCUCAAGUCCCACGGGAGAGAGAACGCCCGGUUCAUUAAGAAGCAGGGCCUCGACCGUCUCUUCCAUGAGUGUGACAACCACAUGUGGCGUCUCGGCGAACGCAGCAUCCCCGAAGGCCUCGAGGUCUCGGGUGGCUCUGAUUGGUUUGCGCUCACCCGUCGCUUCGUCGAAUACGUCAUCAACUCCCAGGAUGACCUGGUGUCGGGGCUGAAGCAGUUCUAUUCCUACGCUCUGCUCCCCGCUGAGUCCUUCUUCCACACGGUGCUCGGUAACAGUCACAUGUGUGACACCCUGGUGGACAACAACCUGCGCGUCACCAACUGGAACCGUAAGCUGGGCUGUAAAUGCCAGUACAAGCACAUUGUCGACUGGUGUGGCUGCUCUCCCAAUGAUUUCAAACCACAAGACCUCAUCCGGAUCCAGCAAUUGACCCGUCCGACAUUCUUUGCACGCAAGUUUGAGUCAUCAGUGAACCAGGAGGCCAUCGACAUCCUGGACACGCACCUGUAUGGCCAGUACGCUCCGGGCAUCGUUGCCAUUAAGGCGUAUUGGGAAAGCCUGUUUGAGCAGUUGGAUGGCGUGGGCUCGCUCGGAGACACAGCUCUCACAGCUUACACUGCUUUCAUUCGCCUCGGCCUAAAGAAUCUGGCAACUACUCAGAGCAACGUGGAGGCUUGCAGGUUCGAACCAGUAGGCUACCCUCUACUAGUACACGUGUACUUUUAUGACGACCGUUUCCAAGGAUAUCUGGUGCGUCAGGAAGUUCAGGAUGUGGGUUCAAAGGUCAGGGAGACGCUGGAGAUGUGGGCGGUGCCCCAUGCCACGCUUGUCCUCGAGACAAACCUGAAGGAGUUUGAAAGGCUCAAGAACCUGGAAAUCGGCACAGACUGGGAUCCCAAAGAGAGAAUCUUUCGUAACUUUGGUGGCGUGAUCGGCCCUUUGAAUGAACCACUGGCGGUCCAGAAGUGGGCACGUGGGCCCAACCUCACAGCCACUAUUGUCUGGAUUGACCCGGCUCUGGUAGUGGCAGCGUCUUAUGACAUUUCCGUGGAUGUGGAUGCGGAGUACACCCAGUACAAACCUUCGCUGCAGCGCCCCCUGCGGCCCGGCACCUGGACAGUGCGUGUGUUAAAACAGUGGGAGCGCGUGGCAGAAGUUCGCUUCCUUGUCAUGCCCUUAACCUUCAAAGACAAGGAGCCGCUACGCCAAGAAGAGGACAGCUGGCUCCAUGCGGGUCCUCCAGGGAACCUGUACCUGGAGCAGAGCUUCCAGCAGCUGAGCUCCGUGCUGAAUCUGCCUCCCCAGGAGCCGGCCCUGCAGGAGGCCCAGCGUAAAGCCCAGCUGGUGGGUCAGCCCCUUGAAGCAUGGGUGGACAGCAGCGUCGGGACCUUCUGGGUCACAGGCGGUCUGUGCGCCACACAGUCGUCCUCUUGCCCGGCCAUGGGGCCGUGCGCCAAGACCUCCUGGAGCUCGCUGUCCCCGGACCCCAAGUCCGAACUGGGCCCAGUCAAAAGUGAUGGGCGGAUCAGGUAGCCCCAAGAGAGGAGACGCUGUAGACUUCAACACAUACACAGGAAGACUGAGGGAGCGCCGGAGCUGCACUGGAGAGCCUCAAGAGAACCUGUGUGAACCGGACGUUGUCUCAGAGCUCAAGGGCACAUCAACAAACCGAUCUUCCUGCACUGAGGAGUUGAGACAUUCUCAGUGAAGUGCUGUUACAGACUUAAAAGAGGAGGAUGUGACUGCUGGAAAUUUGCACAUAGACGUUUGCGAGCGCAAAGACUCGUGUCAUUGUUUGCCGAACGGUGACGAGGAUGUAUUGUUUUUAUUUUCCUGGCUCACUGGUUGCCAGUCAGGGUGGGGAAAAAAGAACCUCUGUGCAUGUUUGAACUCUGUUUGGGCACACAGUUUUUAAUUUCACUCCGCUUUAAUCGGGAAGCAACGACGGGCUCUUCUCCAUUUCAAGGGAGAGAGUGGAGCCUCUGAAUGAUAUUAUUGUGCUUAUUUUGAAGCAUUGUUGUUAUGGAAGCAUAAGGAACCGAUGGAUGAAGUGCACUUUACUGUCAGAGGAUAAUGCUAAACAGAGGUCACUUAGUUACAGUGUGAGGAGCAGAAGUUUGAGUCUUGGAUACAGUCGCAUCACUUUCAUUUUACAGGAGCCUCUAAACCGGCACAGUCACUAAAUACUUGGUACCUGUGUUUGGAACAGAUCAGAGAGUAGUUAGAGAUUCAAUUCUAGUCGAGUUUACUGUGACAUAUCAUUGAAAAUGUGUUUAUUAAUGUAUUUGUUUAGUCUGUUAGUUCUCUGAACUUGCGGUAAAGUGUUAAAUGGUCUUUGAUGUCCAUUAUUGCAACAAUAAAAGGCACAGCUGCAAGGCCGCAGAUAGCCGGAAACAAUCUCAACUCAAAAACAUCCAGCGAUAGUUUUAUGGCAACAAACUCCUCCGGCUGAUGAAGGACGAGUGAGUCGGUAGAGCUGACGUUGAGGUUGUUUUGGCAGCUGUUUGUUUUCAAGUUCAAGGUCGAGUCGUUCGGGUCAAAUCCUCUGGAAUUAAUUGGCGCGCUUUUUUGGGAGGUUCCAGAAUUCUUUUAUUUAAAGCCAACUUCACGAGAUAAAACUUCAGAGUAAUAGUUUUUUUUUCUUUUUUUGUCCAGAGUUAAAUGAGAAGAUUGAUUAAAUUCGUUUUUUUUUUUUUAAAGUGUAAAAAAGACAGCUUGCUGUUUUACAGCGUGGGCGAGGUAUUGAUGCGCCGACCCAUAACGGUUACAUUUGUGAUGUCAAAAAUGUCAAACUUUUCUUUUAGAAUCAAGACUUUUUUAAAAAGCAAACUUGGUUGGACACAACACGUUGUACUUUCUGUGUACCCGUGUGCAGUAUCGUACGUGUGUAUUGGUCUCAUUUAAUUUCCUCCGGUACAUUUCAACUCAACUGAACCACACAAUGUUUUUGUUUUUAUUUGAGCGUGAUCACGAGAAUCUCAGCUGCCUUCACUUAGUGAAAAGAUGAAUUGUUUACUAUGGGAUUAUAGCUUCCAGAGACGUGCAAUGAGAGACAUGCCUUUUUAGAGGAUAGUGAGCUGAGUUAGAGUCUGUGUCUAAUUUUAAACCUAAUUUUAAAUGUUCUUAAACUUUAGUUGGCCACCAUAUGAGUGUUCAAGUGACCUUGUUCACCUUGCUCAGCACAGUCGCUUCAGUGAAGCCCCAGUUUUAUUGACGAGUCCUCGGCAGAUCAGAUGUUAUUUUUCUAUACUGUUUGAGAGGAAGUGUAUGUGUGUGUGUUGUCCGUUCAUCUCCAGUGCUCUGUUAAUAACUGCCGUCUAAUAAUGUUGUAUUUGACAGUCCCACCUGCUUAGAGAUGUUUGAAGCCGACUGUGUGUUUUUUGGGGGGGGUUCAGGUCUCUUGGGCUCCGGGCUGUUUGGUGAGUCAUGCUGAGCUCCGAUCUGAGAAGACAACUUCUGCCUGUCACUGUUUGCCUCUAGGACAGCUCAUCGGCAUCCUGACUGAUGAUUCAAUAAAAAACACUUUUAAGGGUUUUGUAAA